GUAGGGAGGUUAGAUUGAGAUUUGCAGCUGAAUGACUCGCUCGAGUAAACCUUGGUUUAAAUAGUUUAAUUAUUGUUUAUUCUGAAUUUCGACAAUUGUGUUGAUUCAGUUCUAAACUGCAUCCACACGGGUUGUUAUUCAAUUAACCUACAAAUUCACCUCCUUGGUUAAUUCGUUGAAUUCGUGACUUACAAAUCAAUACAAUGGAGAAGAUUAAAACAAGAUUCCAUUUUAUAGCCGAAGCCGGAGCAAACUCUAAGAGCACAGUGGUCAAGGUGAAAACUAUACAAUUGGUGGAUCAGGAGGAAAUUUUUGCAUUCCCUAAAGAACAACAAACUAGUGAAGCACAUAAAGAAUUGUUUGCUAGCAAUGUGGUUAAGAACGUUGUGAAAAGUUUGAAUGUGCGGGAUAAAUAUAGAAAUGUUGUAAUAUCUUUAACGGAUAAACUGCAAACUAUUUACUUGGAUGAGAAAGGUAAUGUAGUCUUUCAUGAUCUGUAUUUAGAUGAAGUGCAAUCAAAACAAGAAGUUAGCGUACCAAGCACCAACACCGAAAGGUCUAUGCACUCUAUAGCCAAGGAUAUAGUUUUGGAAAAAUUUGAUGAGAAUAACUCUAACGCUAAAACAUGGAUAAAUCUAUUUAUCCAGGAGUGUAAAAGAUUAGGAUUGAAAGAAAAUAAAUAUGCUGAGGCCCUACGGUUAUUUUUGGAAGGAUCUGCACUGACUUGAGAGUCAACCAUUCCCAAGAAUUGAAGAUUUGACAGUACGUGCUAGAGGCUGUAAAUAUUACACUAAACUGGAUAUAAACUCAGCGUUUUGGUCGAUACCAGUACGAGAAAAAGACAGAUAUAAAAUUUUUGCUUUUGUGACACAUCAUGGACACUGGCAAUGGACGUGUCUACCGUUAGGACUGAAAUCGUCACCAGCUAUUUUCCAAAGAGUAUUGUCUAGUGUCUUAAGAAAAAAUGGUUUAGAUGCUUUUGCGGUAAACUAUAUAAAUGACAUACUGAUAUAUUCUGAAAAUUAUGUAGAUCAUAUAAAACAUAUAGAAUUAACACUAAAAACAUUAAAAAGUGAAGGUUUCAAAUUAAAUAAAGCAAAAUGUAAAUUUGCACAAAGAAAGACCACAUAUUUAGGACACGAAAUUGGUGAUAACUCAGUAAGACCAUUAAAUGAUAACCUGGUGGCCAUAAAUAAAUUUCCUAGACCACAAACAAAAAAGCAAAUCAGACAGUUUUUAGGAAAAAUUAGUUUUUAUUUAGAGUAUAUACCAAAAUACUCUAUAUUAUUAGAACCAUUAUAUAAUCUACUGAGGAAAAAUGUAGAUUAUAAUUGGACAGAAGAAUGUGAAGAGAGUU